AAUAUUUUAUCAGUUAGUUUUCGAAUUCUCAGACGUUUACAAUUGCGCUAGCAACCACCUCAUAUAUCCUUAGAAGCCUUAAAAAAUAAUAUUUUCAAAAUCAAAAUGAAGUAUAUUGCCGCCGUUUUACUCGCCCUGUUCGCUUUGGCCGCUGCCGAGGAGUACAAGCUACGCAAUCAGGAUGAUUUAUUGAAGGCGCGCAAGGAAUGUGUGGAAGCAAAGAAGGUUCCUGUCGAUCACAUCGAAAAGUAUAAGAAGUUCGAAUUUCCCGAUGAUGAGGUGACACGAUGCUACAUAGAGUGCAUCUUCAACAAAUUUCAAUUGUUCAGCCCCACCGAAGGCUUCAAGACACACAAUCUGAUUGCUCAACUCGGUCAAAGCAAGGAAAAUAAGGAUGCUGUGAAAGCCGAUAUCGAGAAAUGCGCCGACAAGAAUGAACAAAAAUCAGAUUCGUGCACAUGGGCCUAUCGCGGAUUCAAGUGCUUUAUUAGCAAGAACCUGCCGCUGGUGCAGGAAAGUCUUAAGAAGAACUAAGAUUACACGUUCACACAAGAAGACAAAGGAGUAAGGUGUUGCCGGCGGUGCCAAACAAACAUCAUAAGCCAUCAAAAAACAACAUACGCAAAUAAACUACAAUAUUUAAACCGAUGCAGCAGCAACCAAAUGAGCUACCAAUAGCUCAGACCAAUGAUCCAAUAUUUCUGUCUACUCCAACAAGUUACAAGGCGCCGGCAAAGUAGCUGCAAAUGUUGAUCAAAUAAGAGAUAUGUAAAACAAAUGAACAUAGUACGGUUGAGUCAUCUUGAAACGUCCUGUUAUUUUCGCAUUUAACUAUUAUUUUUUGUUCGCACAUCAACAAUUGUAUUCAUGCAUUCGAUGUUAACUUUCGACAAAUAAAAAUGAAAUGAAUUACAAUGAGCAAAAAGUA